AUGGCAUCUAGUGAGGCUGGAUACAUGAUGUCGGACGCACCAUCAUUGGCGGCGGUGCAAAAGCGGCAUAUGGCGUUUCCUUCUUCUUCGUCAACUCGACCUAGAGGACCACCGUCAGAGAACCUCGGUGCAGCUAGCGAUGAUGAUGGCGACGCUUUCGCAGACGAUCAAGUACCUCGGAGUUCACGUAUCCCUGAUGCCGCCAACAUACCCCGCGUGGAGGACCGAAUCGGCCUGCUCGUUCAGGAGCACUUUGAAGCAUUUAUCGAGAGGCAAGUACGAAGUCCAAAGGCUUCAUUUUUAUUGCAUGAAUGCAAUUUUGCUGAAGAUCCACUGGCAGGCGCGCCGACGUCGAGCGCUGUUACCACGGAUAAAUAUUACAUUGCACAGAUAAAAUCCAUGAAAAACUUGCAACUGUCAACAUUCUACGUCGACUACAAGCAUCUUGCUUCAUGGGAGAAUGGCAGUCUUGCCGACGGCGUUAUUCGCCAGUACUAUCGUUUCUUGCCUUUUCUUACGGUAGCACUACACAACAUGAUCGCAAAAUACGAACCGCAAUACUUCCUGGAGCAUCGCCAGCCCACAACCUCAAGCGCUCUGUCAACUUCGGCAGCUAGCCAGUUUGGGUCCUUGAGUCAGAGUGACGCCUCUCACCGAAAGAACGAGCAUCAACAAACUGAUAAACUAUUCUCAAUUGCGUUUUAUAAUUUGCCUCUUGUAUCACGGGUUCGCAGCUUGCGAGCCGCAAAUAUAGGGCAACUUCUGUCCAUAUCGGGCACAGUCACUAGAACUUCAGAGGUUCGACCUGAACUGUCUUUGGCAACAUUUGUUUGUGAAGCGUGCCGAGCCGUGGUCCCAAAUGUUGAGCAAACUUUUCGAUACACAGAGCCGACUCAGUGCCCCAACAGAACCUGCUCCAAUCGAGUGGCAUGGCAGUUGGAUAUUCGACACAGCACUUUCGUCGAUUGGCAGAAGGUUCGCAUUCAAGAGAAUAGCUCAGAGAUUCCAACCGGUAGCAUGCCUAGAACGAUGGAUGUCAUCCUCCGUGGGGAGAUUGUUGAUAGAGCCAAGGCUGGAGAAAAGUGCAUAUUCUCAGGCGCCCUUAUUGUCGUCCCUGAUGUGAGCCAGCUAGGUUUACCUGGACUGAGACCGACAGCCAUUCGGGACGAUCGGGGAGCACCGCGUGGAAAUGAGGCAGGAGGAAGUGGUGUCACCGGCCUGAAGGCGCUCGGUGUUCGCGAUCUGACCUAUCGCCUUGCUUUCCUGGCCUGCUUUGUUGCGCCUGAUACUUCAAGCACGAGCCAACCUGCCGCAAAUAGUGCUGCUGAUGUGGUCAAUGCGCUUACCCAAGGCAAUUCUGCGGAAGGCGUCGAGUCUGUUGAGGAUGCACAAGCCGCUGUACUCGCUUCCAUGAACCCAUCGGAAAUCGAAGACUUGCGAGCGAUGGUGCACGGCGAUCACAUAUAUUCGCGCAUGGUACAGUCAAUCGCACCAAUGGUAUAUGGCCACGAAGUGGUCAAGAAGGGCAUACUGUUGCAGCUAAUGUCAGGCGUACACAAAACCACGCCUGAGGGUAUGCAGUUGCGUGGUGACAUCAACAUCUGUAUCGUCGGCGAUCCAUCAACGUCUAAGUCCCAAUUUUUGAAGUAUGUCUGCUCAUUUGCUCCACGAGCUGUUUACACGAGUGGAAAGGCAUCAUCUGCUGCCGGUCUUACUGCCGCUGUGGUCAAAGAUGAGGAGACGGGGGAGUUUACUAUCGAAGCUGGCGCUCUCAUGUUGGCAGACAAUGGAAUUUGCGCCAUUGAUGAAUUUGACAAAAUGGACGUGGCUGAUCAAGUUGCCAUCCAUGAGGCAAUGGAACAACAGACCAUUUCUAUUGCCAAGGCUGGCAUUCAAGCGACACUCAAUGCUCGAACAAGUGUGUUGGCUGCAGCGAAUCCUGUAGGUGGACGGUACAACCGCAAAGCGACCUUGAGAUCCAACAUUAACAUGUCGGCCCCGAUCAUGUCCCGGUUCGAUUUGUUCUUCGUCAUUCUUGAUGAAUGUAAUGAACAAAUUGAUCAGCAUCUCGCAGAGCACAUUGUUGGAAUUCACCAAUUACGGGAUGACGCAGUGGAGCCUGAAUUCAGCACCGAACAACUCCAAAGAUACAUUCGGUUUGCUAGAACCUUUCGCCCAGAGUUUACCGACGAGGCCAAAGAUGUUUUGGUCACUAAAUACAAAGAAUUGCGGGCUGACGACGCUCAAGGAGGAGUAGGUAAAAACUCCUACCGCAUUACAGUGAGACAACUGGAGAGUAUGAUCCGUCUGAGCGAGGCUAUUGCCAAGGUAAACUGUGUGGAAGAAAUUGAUGCAAAGAUGGUGUGUGAAGCAUAUGAUCUACUCCGCCAAAGCAUUAUCUCUGUUGAACAUGAUGACGUGGAAAUGAUGGACGAGGACGAACCGCAAGAAGACAGUGACACCCUCCGCCAAGUUGCAGAGACUGUAUCCAGGAGGAUCACCGACAGCGGCACUUUGGCAAUGGAUGAAGAAUCAAUUCCAAGUGACUUGCCCUCAGAUGCACAAGACGGGGAACCUAAAUCGAAGAAAAAACGAAUGGUGACGUACGAUAAGUACAUCAAAAUGGUCAACAUUAUCGUACAGCGUAUUAGUGAUGAUGAGCAUGCAAGUGGGGAUGGCGUAAAUGGUGAGGAACUUAUCAAUUGGUAUUUGGAACACCAAGAGGACGAGCUACAAGGCGAGGAUGCCUAUCAUACUGAAAAAGAGCUUGCAAACAUGGUUCUGAAAAAGAUGGUCAAAGACAACAUCCUGAUGGCUCUCCGUGGAGAAGGUUUGGACGGCGAAGCUACGUCAACUGCGGCUGGAGUGGUACGAUGCGCCAUUCGCUAUGACGACUGGUACAAGAGCGAGACCUCGGAGUUUGUCAUAGGGAUCGGCCACGAUGAUGUUUCACGCAGAGGCAUGGCUGAUAUGGCCGAAUACAAGUUGGGGGAAUACAGGUCGAGGAGUUGGGAGUUCUAG